CACUCAGUCGAGCGAGCGAACAGGAGGCAGCAGGCAGCUGCCGAGGAGCGAGCUGGGAGGCGACCCCAGCCUCCUCUCCAGCAAAUUGUGCCUCCUGUACAAUGGAAACUAAACGGUUGAGUAGCAGAAGGGACGGAGGGCAGAGCUGCCGGGCAGGUCAGCAGGGGUCAUGAGGGUGUCGGAGGCCCCGGUUGCUGUUCAGAGCAGCUGAAGCGGACAUGGGCAAAGAAGUCUCGAUGGCAUCGGUAGGCUCAGCCUCAUCGACUUCACCAGCCACAUCCUCCUUCGCCGCAACCACCACUGGCUACGCAACAAGUUCUCUGUAUUUGCCAGCAUCUCCCAGUAAGACUUUGCAAUGAGAAUGUCCGACACAGUUGACACUGAAACGAUGAAAGUUUCCGAAGCUGCCGAAACGGUGCCAUCUCCAAUAGACAACGCCAGCAACUCUGAGGUCGGUAACCAGAGCAGCACAGAUGAACCAGGCGGCAACAAUAAGGACGCACAGCCUGUGAAGUACUCUAAGUCCAACACCAGGCUAAAGCUCGUGCGGAGCCUGGCAGUGUGUGAAGAGUCCUUUCCUUGCCCUAUUCCUGAGCCUUCAGCAGCACCUCAGGAUGGAUUCCCUUUCCAGUCCUUUGAAAAGGAAGAUCGAGCCACACAGGACCAAGCUGAGAAAGAGGACAGCUGCGAUAAGCUGGACAAACCUGAGAAAACGCAAAGAAAAAUGCUGUCGAGAGAUUCCAGUCAAGACUACACGGAUUCAACUGGCAUCGAUCUGCACGAGUUCCUGGUCAACACGUUGAAGGGAAACCCCAGGGAUCGAAUCAUGCUUCUGAAGUUGGAACAGGACAUCUUGGACUUCAUCAGCAAUAACGAAAGCCAGAAGAGAAAGUUCCCGCCCAUGACGUCAUACCACAGGAUGCUGCUGCAUCGGGUGGCAGCCUACUUUGGCAUGGACCACAACGUGGACCCUAGUGGGAAGUCAGUGGUGAUCAACAAAACCACCAACACUAGAAUACCCGAUCAGAAAUUCUCAGAGCACAUCAAGGAUGACAGGACGGACGAUUUUCAGAAACGCUACAUUCUCAAACGAGACAACUCCAGCUUUGAUCGCGAAGACAGCACGAUUCGAAUGCGUUUGAAAGCUGACAAGAGGAGCAAAUCGAUGGAGGAGAGGGAGGAGGAGUACCAGCGAGCCAGAGAAAGGAUAUUUGCACAUGAUGGAGAUCACUUCAUACUUGAUAGAAGUGCUCAGGAUGAAGGCGCAUGCAUGAGCACCCAACAGAGGCGGCAAAUGUUCAGGUUGCGGGCCGGCCGAUCAGGCCCCAGCCGGCAGAGCAGCUCCGAGACGGAGCCGCGGCACGGCGAGCCUCGGCCGUGGAGCAGCACUGACAGCUCGGACAGCUCCAACAGGCUCGCCCCGCGGCCCGCCAUCACCAAGGCCAGCAGCUUCAGCGGCAUUUCCCCCGGCCUGGUCCGAGGAGACAGCACGGCCAGCAGCAAGAGCACCGGGAGGCUCUCCAAAACAGGUUCAGAAUCGUGCAGCAGCGUCGGCUCCUCGUCCAGCUCGCUAUCCCGUCCCCAGCUGCCUCUCCCAGUUUCAGGCCCGUCCUGGUCCAACAUCCCCAGCGCGCCUUUAAUCCACCCGGCCGUUGACACCAGAGGCUCUGGACACCCCGACAUGAUCAAGAGCGUCGCUCCACAGCCACCGUCAGCUGCAGACGCAACAAACUACUACGUGUUGCCGCUGGAAGCCUCAGGGAUACCACCCGGCAGCGUUCUGGUCAACGCACACACAGGCAAGCCUUUCAUCCACCCCGAUGGCAGCGCCGUCGUUUAUAACCCGGCCUCCGUCGCCACCGCUGCUGGCAGGAACUCACAGCAGGGGAAAAGCCCACAGCAGCCAAUCCCUGCCCUGACGCAGCAGCAGCCAACCAAUCACCUCCACUCCCAGCCGAUCUGUCCUCCUCUCCAGCUGUCCUCUGAGCCCGUUCACAACCCAACGGUCUCGUAUCCUCUUCCUCCUUCUCAGUUCCUGCCCGUCUAUCCUAACCAACAGUACACUGUGCCUGACGCCCUAAAUGCACAGUUCGGUCACAUGACUCUUGCGCAGCAGCCGCCCAGCGACAGUGGGGCUUCCGCUCCGGACGCCCGCCACUAUCCGACUGUAUACCACCACCACCCCUCCGCUAUGGUUCUGCAGGGAGCGCCGCAGCAGCAGCUUGCUAGCUACAUGUUGGCGGGGCCACCGGGAGGACACCCAGGGGUGCUGCAGGGCCAUCCCGUCCCGCUCCCGACCCCGGGCCCCAACCAUGCAUAUACCAGCUCCACCCCGGGCCCCGCUGCUUUUCCUGGGUCCACGCUGAACCAGCAGCUCCUGCAGCAACACGCCUACAUCCAGCAGCCCGUGCAGCAGAUGUCCGCGUGUUACUGCUCUUCAGCCCACCACCCCCACUGCUCCGGCCAGCAGCAGCACUACCGACCCCCCGUCAACCCGCUGCCCUAUAACUGCCCUCAGAGCCAGAACCUGCCCCAGCAACAAGUGCACCAAGCCAUGAUGCCAAACCCAGCAUCCAGCUACCAGACCAUAAUGGGCAUGCAGCCAACAUCCAACCUCGCGCUCACUGGCAACCAGCAAAGCAAUAUGGGCAACCAGAUGCAAGGCAUGAUGGUCCAGUACCCUCCAAUGCAGUCUUAUCAGCAGGUUUCGGUGCCACAGCAGACGUACCAGCAGCCCAUGUUUGUGUCCUGUCAGCCCGGACAGGGAGCAGUGGCUGUCGCUGGCAUGCAGCCCUGCUACAGCCUGCUCCCCCCGAACCAGCACACCACCAUGAGUUCCACGGUGAGUUUCCUGCCCGCACAGAUGAUGGAGCAGCUCCAGUUUCCUCAGACCUCGUCCCCCUGCGGCUCCCAGCAGCACCCGGGCCAGCAGUAUGCAGGGUUGUUACCCGCGGCCCCCGGCAGCGGCAUGGUAAUGCUGCAAAUGACAGCGCCCUCCUGCCAGCAGCCCCGGGCCCCCUCCCCCUGCCAGCGGAAGCAGCCCAGCCACAAACACCCGGGCCCCGAGCACCAGCGCAGCCGCAGGCCCGCCGAGCUCCCCCCACCUCCAGACAACAUCCAGAGCAGCCUGCCCUUGUCUCGGGCACUCACUCCUUCGCCAGGCCACCCGCCCAGCGUCAAGGGCCUCCCAUCAGGCAUCUCGUCCAUCCCUGUCAUGGCCCACCACCCGCACCACCACCACCCGCCGCUCCCUACAGCCUUCUGCCACAGUGGACAAGGUGAGACACACUACUCUCUACUGGGCCAACCUCUGCAGUACAAACCCUCCAUCAGACCUCCGCUGAUCCACACUGCACACAUGGUGGCCAAACACCAGGGUCCACUGGGGGUUUGGCGUAGCGGUCAUGGGAGGAAGGCCAGCAGAAAACCUCUGUCUUCAGAUCUCAGUGUAGGUGAAGCAGUGAGCAGUCAGAUCCUGGAAGUGGCAGAUCCUCCAGAGGGGAUCAGCUGUACAGACUCCCACCACCUCCUGGCAGAGCUCUGCAAAGGGGGCCAAUUGAUCCAGCGGCUGUCGGACCAUCAGCCCCGGCUGCGCAACACGACCAGGGACGCUCCCAGCGGACACCUGGCCUCAUCAUACUCCAUCUUUGCCAUGCUACCCUCCAGAUAUGCUGCCCCGAGCAGCGCGCUCCGACACAGAACUAGCACCAGACACAAAGGGGAGCUGUGCGACUCGGACAAGGCCGGCUCAUAGCUGCUAAGAUCUUGGUGCAUCUAAGGAGCGCCACAUGAACGCACAUCCAACCACCUGCCUCUGCUGCCUCGGUCGGGACUGUCACGGUUCAAGUCCCAGACUCUGUCCAAAUCAAAAGCCGUAUCUAAUGUUUGAAGAAUGAAUGUUCACUUUUAUUUUGUUUUAAUUUUAUCUUUUUCUUUUUUUCUGGCCAAAGGGUCCGAGUUUGGUUUUGUUUGUGAAAUGCGUCCGUGGCCCCUCUCUACUCUAAAAAAAAAAAAACUAAAAAUACUAAAAAAAAUCUAGUUUGCUGUUUAAAAGUGAAAGUGUUUGGAGAGCUUUGGGAUUUUUUGCCAGCUGUGGCUCUUUUUAAUAGCAGGUGUAUGAGUGUGACGGCACCAUAUCGAGCUAAUCGUGAACAUAUUCUACUCGUUUCUGGUUCAACAAUGUUUUUGUGCCCACAAAAUUGGACAUGUGAAAUUGGGGGGGGGGGCUCCGUAACAUGUUAUUGCAUUUAAACUGAGCAUUCAUAUCAGAGCAAGUUUUAUAUUUUAUUUAACAUUCAUCAAUAAUUCCAUCAUCUGUUCCUCGCCACUGAGCAGCGUUUAUCUCUCGUUAGGUACACAGGAAUGAGAUUUUUUCUCUCGUAUAACAUGCUCCCAACAAUAACACGCAGCAGCCCAUACAAUAAUAAACACUGAAUAAUAGAUAUGCUACCUGAAUUAUUUACAGUCACUUUUAUACACAAUGAAUGUUGGAUUUGCACUGAAGUGAUGAAGGAGAUGUAGAUUUGAUUGGUAUCAACAGGGCCUGGAUUUUUCUUUUAUCGACCCCCUCGUACCUGUUUGUUGCACUCGGCCAGGCCACUUUCUUUUAUAUUUAAUUAAAAUGUUUAUAUGCACAAGAAAAAUGCAAACAAGUU